UCCAGGAAGUUGUGUGUGGACAUAUUUUGAAACAUCUUGACAACAUGACUUUGUUAAAGCUGUAUGCCAUGUUGGCAGGCACCGUGGUGAUAUUGUCCACAAGUCUCAACGCUGUUCAAGGAAUAUGCAACAAAACGUGUUCAAGGAACGGCGUUCUUAGCAAGGAUACUUGCAAAUGCGACUGUGAAGGCAACUGGAAAGGAGAUAUAUGUGACGAAUGCGACUUAGUUUGUCAUCACUUCGGCUGUCUUUUUACUCCUAUAUGUGAGUGUCAGUGUCGAUACUACUGGGCUGGAAUUACCUGUGAAGAUUGCACAUUAAAAUGUGUACAUGGGUAUUUGACUGAUUCGUGCAUUUGCACUUGUGAUGAAGAUUGGGUUGGUGAUAGGUGUGAAACUUGCAACUUGAUUUGUGAGAAUGGUGCCUCGCUUAGAUUAGCAUUAUGCCGCUGUGAUUGUAUGGAACCCUGGACCGGAAAAAAUUGUGAUCAGAGACCUUUAAGAGUAGUAGUGCAUGAGACUGAAGGUUUAGGUGUAGGCGUAGGAUCUAUGGUGGUGCUUGCUAUCGCUUCGUUAGUGACCAUCACUACUUCUGUGGUUUGGGUAAUAUACUUCAGGAAGAGACGAAAUGCAAACGAUGGGAAGAGCUCGGUACCUAACAAAGACAAAAAAGUCCUAUAUCAGGCUGAUAACCUUGCCUUCCCGAUAUAAUAUCUCAGUAAUGAAGAAACAAAAGAGACAAUACUCUUACAAUUUAAAAGUGUUUGUCUUUUCAUGUGAAAAUAUUUCACACAAAUAAAGUUUGUUUUCUUUACCUGCACUACUAUCUGGCCCGUGCUUAUAAACCUUAAAGUCUAGACUUUAAUAAAGUCCACACUUUAACGUCAUGGCAACGCCAUUCAAAUGGCAUUACGUUAAAGUCUGGACUUUAUUAAAGUCUAGACUUUAAGUUUUAUAAGCACGGGCCCAGGAGCAUAUUAGCAGCAGCUAUUAAAUGUCAAAGAUUUGAAAACUUUUAAAUGUACUUUCCUGCAGAUAAGAUUAGAUUUGGACUUUGAUGAAAUAUUUUCUAAUUGUUUUUAACUAGUAAUUCUCGUCAAGGGAGAUUCACAUAUAUGAGCGAUCAAUAAGUGAGUGUCAGUGUCACACCUCUCGUGUCCACACGUCUGACACCAAUGUAAGGUCAAGGUCAUAUUGAACUUAGUUUAUAAUUGCUAAUAGCACGGAUUCCUAAUAAUUAAACUUAAUAGUGCAUGUUGUUUUGUAUGAAUAUAUUUCAGUAAAGAUUGAUUAGAUUGGAUAAAGAUGGUUUAACAUUUUGCUGUUAAAGUUUACGUGUUCGAGUAUUUUGCCAUUUGCAAUAGUGAUAUGGCACUAGAUGUUGUGAUUUGUUCACAAUCAACUAUUAACUAGUAUUGAUGUCUGCUGAACAAAUACGUAGAUAUAGCGAGAUGGCAGUAGAUGUUUGAUUUGUUCACAAUGAACUGUUAACUAGUAUUAAUGUAUGCUAACAAAUAUGUACGAGAAAUAGUGAGAUGACAGUACAUUUUCUGAGUUGGUCACAAUGAUCUAUAAACUAGUAUUAAUGUCUGCUAACAAAUACAUACAAGAAAUAGUGAGAUGGCAGAUAUUCAGAUUUGUUUACAAUGAACUGUUAACAUAUUAAUGUCUUCUAACAAAUACAUAGAAAUAGUGGGAUGGCAGUAGAUGUUCCGAUUUAUUCACAAUAAACUGUUAACUAGUAUUAAUGUCUGCUAAUCAAAUACAUAAACAUUGUAGCACAUCUUGUGAAUUGGUUAUAAUGAACAGUUAACAACUAAUAUUAAUGUCUUCUAACAACUAAUAAAUACAUAGAAAUAGUGAGAUGACAGUAGAUAUUCUAAGUUGUCCACAAUGAACUAUUAACUAGUUUCUGAUGUCUGCUAACACAAAUGUACUAGAACUAGUGAGGUGGCAGUAGAUUUAAGUUACAAUGAACUAUUAACUAGUAUUAAUGUCUGCUAACAAAUACAUACUAGAAAUAGUGAGAUGGCAGUAGAUCUUUUGAGUUGUCCACAAUGAACUGUUAACUAGUAUUAAUGUCUGCUAAUAAGAGUGUACUAGAAAUAGUGAGAUGGCAGUAGAUCUUUUGAGUUGUCACAAUGAACUGUUAACUAGGAUUAAUGUCUGCCAACAAGUAAGUAGAAAUAGUGAGAUGGCAGUAGAUCUUUUGAGUUGGUCACAAUGAACUGUUAACGUGUAUUAAUGUCUGCCAACAAGUAAGUAGAAAUAGGGAGAUGGCAGUAGACCUUUUGAGUUGGUCACAAUGAGCUGUUAACUAGUAUUAAUGUCUGUUAAUAAGGUGCUAGAAAUAGUGAGAUGGAAGUAGAUCUUUUUGAAUUGUCCACAAUGAACUGUUAACUAGUAUUAAUGUCUGCUGACAAAAAUGUACUAGAAAUAGUGAGAUGGCAUAUCUUCUGAGUUGGUUAUUAUGAACUGUUAACAAGUAUUAAUGUCUGCCAACAAAUAAGUAGGAAUAGUAGUAGUAAGAUGGCAGAAGAUAUUUGUCAAUGUCAUAUUGAACUUGAUUAAUAAUUGCUAAUAAAAUUCGAAUCCUUUGAUGUUCUUUAACCUGUACAUGUGUUCAUGAAUAUGUUGCCAAACAAGCUUAUGGAGGUUUAUGCCCUCAACUGAUUUCACUGUGGCUCAAAAUGUUUGGUUCCAUUUCCACUAUUGAUAGAAUGGCACUAUUAAUAAUAAUAAUAAUAAUAGAUUUUUUUUUUCUUCAGAUCAGUGAUCCAUAGAACAUAUUUAAACAUCACAUACAAAACUGAUUACAUAAUAUACAGAUUUGACAUACACAUUAGUACAC